AUGGCAACCUCUAAGUCGCAACAGUUCUUUCAUACCUCGGGCGCCACGGACUCGGUCUGGGUUCAUCAAGACCCUGUUUCUAACCGCCCAUCGUUCUCCAAGCUUAACCAAGACAUUGAGACUGACGUCUGUAUCAUUGGUGCUGGCAUCGGCGGUAUUUCCACAGCCUAUGAGCUUGUCACCCGAGGGCGCGAAGUUGUCCUUCUGGAAGCUCGCCAGGUACUUUCUGGAGAGACAGGUCGGACCAGUGGCCAUUUGACCAAUGAUCUUGACGAUGGGUAUACUGAGAUUGCCAAGAAGCACGGUGAUGAAGGCGCCAGGGUCGCAGCUGAAAGCCACGCGUGGGGAAGAGAUCGCGUAGGAGAGAUCUCUCAGAUACUUGGUAUUGAGUGCGAGUAUCGCAAACUUCCGGCUUAUGAGGUUUCUCAGUACUCUACGAAGGAUGCGAAGGAGCAUGAGGAUGAGAUGAACGAUCUUCCAACUGAUCAGCGCGGCGGCCUCAUCGUCAAAGACCAAGCAGCAUUCCAUCCAACAAAGUAUCUCAACGGCAUCCUCAACUGGCUCAAGACUCAGCCCAACUUCCGCUGCUUCGACCAAACGCGCGUCAUGUCCGUUGAAGAAAAAGGCAUAGAGAUUCUGGGUAUCGGCAACAAAUCUGUUAAUGUCUCGACAGCAGAUGGCUACACCGUCAAAUGUAACAAUGCCGUCGAAGCAACCUGCGUUCCCCUCCAGAAGCUCAGCGUCAUCGCUCAGAUGGAGUUCAUGCGCUCUUACUGCAUCGCUGCGCGUGUACCCAAGGGUGCUAUCGAGGAUUGUCUCUUGUAUGAUCAGGCGGAGGAGUAUAAGUAUGUUCGAUUGACGUCUUGUGAUGACGAGCAUGAUUAUCUUGUUGUGGGAGGCUGCGAUCACAAGGUUGGACAGGAGGAUACGACUACUGAGUUUGGUGAGCUUGAGAAGUGGACGCGUGAGAGGUUUUCACAGGUCAAGUCUGUUGACUACCGCUGGAGUGGCCAGAUCUUUGAACCUGUUGAUUUCAUGCAGUUCAUUGGUAAGAACCAGGGAAACGAUCACAUUUACAUCAUCACUGGCGAUUCAGGUGACGGUUUGACGCAUGGAGUUUUGGCUGGACGGUUGAUCGCGGAUGAGAUCGACGGCAUCAAGAACCCAUGGGCAGACAUCUAUUCCCCCAAGCGCAUCGCAUCAAUGGUCAAGUCCCUCCCCAGCAUGAUCGCCCACGACGUGCAGAUCAACGCGCAGUACAAGCGCUUCCUACAAUCCGACAUCACAGACAUUGAAGACCUCGGCCGCGGAAUGGGCGGGGUAUUGAACAAGGCUGGAUCAAAGCCCAUCGCGGUGUACAAAGACGAAGAGGGUAACGUGAAGCAGUACAGCGCUUUGUGUCCCCAUAUGAAGGGCGUCGUGUGCUGGAACACUACUGAGAAGAGCUUUGACUGUCCUGUUCACGGGAGUCGAUUCUCACGAGAGGGCAUUUGUGUAAUUGGGCCUUCGAAGGGAAACUUGGAUCCUGUUGAUGAGGCUGGAAAGGCUGAUCAGGAGAAUGUCGCUGGUAGUUAA